AUGGCUCUCAGUUUCUUUGGCGCGGGUUCAAGCCACGCCAAAUACUUCGAUAUCCGCCUCGAUGAAGAUUAUAUCGUUUUUCGCGGCGGCGAACAGGAGGCCGCGAGUGCCCAUCUGAGUGGGAAGCUCAUCCUUUGCCUAUCGGAGCCGCUCUCCAUGAAAUACAUCCGACUUCACCUGACUGGAAUUUCUCGCGUCUGUUGGCAUGUACCGUCUAGUUCCGCUGGCGGCGGUAGAAAGUCGUGGAGGGAACGCGCGUUCUACGAGAAGACUUGGAAAUUCCGCGAUCCCGGGAAAAGCAAGACGGAAAUCCUUCCAGCCGGGAAUUAUGAAUACCCCUUCGACGUGAUCCUCGAAGGUUCCAUGCCCGAGAGUGUCGAGGGCCUCCACGAUACCUACGUUACCUACCGCUUCAAGGCAGAGAUCGGUCGCAAGUACGCCAAGGAUAUUAUCGUCAGACGCCCGCUACGUAUCAUUCGGACGCUGGAGGCUAGCGCGCUUGAGCUCUCCCAUGUGAUGUCUGUGGAAAACGUCUGGCCCAAUAAGAUCGAGUAUUCCAUCAGCACGCCGACAAAGGCCAUCAUCUUCGGAACUGCCGUUCAGGUGGAUUUUAAACUCAUCCCGCUGCUCAAGGGCCUCACGAUUGGAAGUAUCACGACCCAGCUUGUCGAGAGCCACGACCUCACGCUGAACCCCGAGGAUCCCCAUGCGAUCCGCAACACAUACAAGAAUACCCGAACCAUCUUCACCGACGAGCAUCAGCUUGACCCUGAGAAUGGGCUGGAGAUCAUCGACGAUUCGGCAGAAGGAUAUCAAUUCACACGUUGCCUGGAUUUGCCCAAGACUCUCACUCGGUGUCUGCAAGACACUGAUACCAGAGGAAUCAAAGUGCGGCACAAGUUGAAGUUCCGUGUCCAGCUCCUCAAUCCUGAUGGUCAUAUUAGCGAGUUGCGGGCCACCCUUCCCGUGUCCAUCUUCAUCUCGCCAAAUCUGCCGAUUGACGAUGACAACAACCUUGUUGACCAGACGCCCCGAUCAGCUCAGCGAGCAAUCGAAACUAUCGCUCAACAAGCUCCUCCGCUUUAUGGGGACCAUCAGUUUGACCAACUGUACAGCGAGGUUGAUCUGUCGGGCUACCGGACCCCCGGACCCGCCAGCGGCCGCGAAACCCCCUUUGGCUGUUUGAGUCGCAACCUUUCUUCCGAGAACCUCGCCUCCAUGAAUGCUUUGACGACGUCCGAUAUCUCGGCAUCGGCCCUGCACAGUCGACUGUCCAAUCUCCAUGCGACGGGACACAACCAUCCUUCCCCUCCGGAGCUGGACGACCCUCGCCGCCUUGGCCUCCCCACCGACUACUUUGGCCGCGUCUCAGGUUCCCAUAGCCCGGUCACGCCCGGUCUUUCUCGCCGACCUUCCGACGAAGCCGUCGAUCACGACCGCACGCCAUCCGGGGCUGCCACGCCGUUCUGCCCGCAAUUUACCGAAGUGGAGACGCUUAGCCGGGUGCCCAGUUAUUCCACGGCCGUUCGCACCACGGUGCGUCCGUGUGAUUCCGAAUUGCCGGAUUACCAGGCCGUGGUUUCGAGUCACAGUGCGAUCCCGACGCCGCAGCAAGCACACGUCCGAACUGGCGUUCGUGGGCCUGCCGCGCGCUCUUCUCUUAUUGAUGUACUACACCGGCCUGGCCUUUCCCACCUUCGCUCCACCAGUCACGCUGACGAUUCGGAACGCAGUCUUCGUCUCACCCAAGCCCGCGCCCAGGUCUAG